AUGAGAAAGAACAUUUGUGAUGAGAAACAUCAUACAAACAACUUUGAACAAUUAGCUUCUUUAUUGAAGCUGACAAAUUUGAUACAAUUUGUCUCAAAAAUAGGUGAUUCCGAAGAAACGUCGAUAAAUAAUGG